AUGCCCUCCUCAUCAACCAGCCCCUCCUCACCCUCCAUCUCAACCAUCACCCCAGAAACCCUCGAAUCGGACCUCCUCGCACACCUCGCCUCCAGCACAGCUCUCGAAGACCUCCACUCGACACUCCUCUGCUCCCUCCAACGAAUGGGCUGGACCGAAAAGAUCCGCAAACUGUCGCUCGAGCUACUGCGCGCCGGACGCUGCGAUCGGUUCGACGAGGUCGUGGAAGCGGUGGUCGCGUCCGCCGAGGGACGGGGUCAUGCGCUGUGGGGGGAGGACGCUCACACGAACUCGAAUCUCGAGGCCGACGAGGGGGGCAUCGACGGCGGGGAGACGGCGGCGCUGAGGAAUCUGGAUGUGCGCAUUCCCUCGGAGGUGGUGGAGCAGGGGGUUCGUGCGAUCAAGGAGGUUCUGAGAGAGGUGGUGGUUUUGGAGGAGGAGAAUGAUUCUGGGGAGGGGAUGGGGCAGAGGCAGCAGAGCAACGGCACUGAGAAGGACAAGGACAGUAGUAAGGAUGCCAAGGAGAAGGAGAAAGGAAAACACAGUGGUGCGACGGAGAAGUCGUCGUCCAAGGUCUCGACCAAGGCCGGACAAGAUGGGCUCAAGAACGGUGAUACAAGUCCCGUUAAGAAGACGGAGAAGAAGCCGAAACCCGGGAAGGGGAAGUAG